CAUUUACAAACUAAGAGAAUCUGCAGAGAAGGAAAAUAAAUAAGAAAGAAAGGCAAGCCCUAAGUAAAUCAGAUUUCCCUCGGAACCCACGAGUCACCCGCUUCCUCCAUCUUCCUCGUCUCCGACCACGCCUCAGCCUCGCCACCACCGCCGGUGGACCUAGCUAAUGGAGUUUUGCCCAACUUGCGGGAACAUGCUGCAAUUUGAGUUGCCCAAUAUGGGUAAAUCUUCCAGGUUCUUCUGCCCAACUUGUCCAUAUGUGUCCUACUUGGAAAACAGGGUAAAAAUAAAAAGAAAGCAACAUCUGGUGAAAAAGGAAUUAGAACCCAUAAUCUCUGAUGACGAUAUGAAAAAUGCAGCUCAAACCGAAGCAACAUGUCCAAAUUGUGCGUUUGGGAAGGCUGCUUUCAUACAAAUACAACUGAGAUCAGCUGAUGAACCUGCUACAACAUUUUACAAGUGCAUGAACGAAAACUGUCGACAGAAUUGGCGCGAGGAUUAAUUUAUCAUUACUGAUUUUGUGUAUGCUUCUUUUUUAUUAUUAUUUUAACCCAUUUUAGACGUAAUUAAUAUGAAUAAAUUAUUAUCUUUUACAUGAUUAGCAUCAUGAAUUUUGUUGGGACUUCAGAAUGAGAAUCGUAUCACAAUUGCACCUCUAUGCUGUUUUGUUCUUAGUUUUGCAUUUGAGAAAAAUGUAAUAAAAGAGUGGGGAGAAGAAAAGUUACCAUGUCUUGUAA